GAAAAUGAUGAUGAAUGCUCUGCGGCAGCCAUUGCUGAGGUGAAGUGAACCAGAAAUUAACACUGUUGUGUGAUUUUAUUUGAAAUACAUCCUUCAUGUAAUCGGAUCGGAUUAGAUACAUGCAGUUCGAUACUGCAGCGUAGGAAUUCCUCCAUUUCUUACCACUCGGUGUAUUCUAAACGGUAUAUUUGUGCACAUUUCACUGAUUUAUUCUUGGAGAUAUACAGAAAAAGACUGCAAAUAAAAAGCAGAAAAAGAAAUGGAUCCCGAUCAAAGAUUGAUGCACCCAAGUGGUACAAUGAACAAUAACACAGGUGGUAUGAAUAUGAAUCAGGGCUAUAAUAUGGGUCAGACAGGUCACGAGGAGCCUAACGAUCAAAGAAAGCAAGAAAUAGGGGACAUUCUUCAACAAAUCAUGACGAUCACAGACCAGAGCCUGGAUGAAGCCCAAGCAAGGUCCUGGAAACACACCCUGAAUUGUCACAGAAUGAAGCCUGCUCUAUUCAGUGUUCUAUGUGAAAUCAAAGAAAAGACAGUAUUAAGUAUUAGAAAUUCACAAGAAGAAGAACCCCCAGAUCCUCAGUUGAUGCGUCUUGACAACAUGUUGAUAGCUGAAGGGGUUGCGGGGCCAGAAAAAGGUGGCGGUUCAUCAGCCGCAGCAAACGCUACAGCCGCGGCUUCCGGUGGACAACCGGACAGCGCGAUUGAGCACUCCGACUACAGGGCGAAAUUGGCACAGAUACGGCAGAUAUAUCAUACGGAGCUGGAAAAAUACGAACAGCCGGAUUCUGAGGGGACGGACCUGCAAAAUAACGAUUACCAAGCAAAGCUCGCACGGAUACGCAGCAUAUACCAGACGGAAAUGGCAAAAUAUGACCAGGCAUGCAGCGAAUUCACGACACAUGUUGUAAACUUGUUACGAGAACAAAGUCGUACACGUCCCAUUGCCCCCAAAGAGAUUGAACGCAUGGUGAGCAUAAUCAGAAAAAAGUUUGCGGCCAUAGAAAUGCAGCUAAAACAGAGCACGUGUGAAGCGGUGAUGAUUCUGAGAUCUCGAUUCCUUGACGCCAGGAGAAAGAGGCGCAAUUUUAGUAAACAAGCUACAGAAGUACUAAAUGAAUACUUUUAUUCACACCUGAGUAACCCCUAUCCUAGUGAGGAGGCAAAGGAAGAAUUGGCCCGAAAGUGUAAUAUCACCGUGUCACAGGUAUCUAACUGGUUUGGUAACAAGCGUAUUAGAUACAAGAAAAAUAUCGGGAAAGCGCAGGAGGAGGCGAAUCUAUACGCGGCUAAAACUGCGGCAGCCGCGGCACAACACGGUCAGCAACACACUUCUGAUACGGGACAAGAUUAUGGUGACGGGGACUCCGAUGACUCAUCAACAGUAGGCUUUAAGAGCAGCUCAUUUUUACCGCCGGGGGCGUCUAGCUACAACAUGUCAGCAACAGCGGGGCUUCCCGGGCAGGGGCAGGGCGGCAUGUAUAUGGGAAUGAAUGGCGAUAACUAUACCAGUGGCGGAGACACUUCGCCAUAGAGUUAUUGAAGAAUUACCAUUGAGAUGAGACAACUGAAAUUCCGAAUGUUUUUUUUUGGACACGGUGCAGGAUUUAUCAAACUAUAACGUGAAAAUCUCGGGAGAAUUGUGACGGACGGAGUUCUUAAUAUAUCAACGGCACAGUGUUUGUUUCAGUUUGUCGGUCUUUUCUUUAUUAAAAAAAGCAUUAUUUUUCUUGAUGACUUUUACAUCACAUUUGAGGUGUACAUAUUCUUCAUAAGAUAUUGAGUAGUGUAAAAUUUAGAAUAGAAUGGGGACAUAUAAAAGACGUGGAUGAUUAUUUAUAAUAAAUGUUUGUCAGAUGUUUGUUUUAUGCCAGAAUUUACAAAACCGUAACUAUUAUAAAGGUAUGGCUCAUUUAAAAGUAAUAAUCAUUGAUAAAUAAAAGUAAACAAUCAUUACAGUUUUAUGAUAUAUAUAUGCUUUAUGAUAAUUUUAUUUUUUAAAACCGAGAAUUGCUAUUUUUAGCAUCCAAUCAAAUUAAUCAAAGCAUAAUUCUAUAUCACAUGAUACAAGUUCAUUCUUAUUAUUUAAAAUGGAUUCAAUGUUUUAAAUGUUGCUAAUUUUUCUCCUAAGAAGAAAUAAUUUGGCAAAAUUCGGAAUGUAACUGUUUUUGUUCUGUUUUUUUCUCUCUCUCCAAGUCUAUAAGUUUUAAAACGAGAGUUUAUGUUUAUAUGAUAAAUAUAGAAAAUGUGGGUCGUGUGGAAGUCGAUGCAUAAUAAACAUAGGUCAUAUGACCAUGUAUUGUAACGUAGUAGACAAUGUAGGUCAUUUCCUAGAAUAGAACCGUAAAUCAGAUUUUGUAUUCACAAUGGUUUUUAUUUUUGCAACGUUUUUUUCCCCCGAUACUGUACAUGAUUGUACCUUCCUUCCCCCCAAAGACACUUAAUUUUUUUUCUUUCCGAGACACAUGUAUACAUGUGAUUUAAUUGAAAAUGUUCAGAUGUUGAAUUUGUGUCAAAUUUGUCAUCAUGAUUUUGAAUGUCAAUUAGAAGUAGGUAAUAAUGUAAAAGAAAUUUAAGCAUUGUGAAUUUUUACCUUUGUGUUACACUGAUGAUUCGAUUGCCAUUUUCUAUUUUUUUCAACGAGAGACUUAAGUGCUUCAAAUAGGAUAGUUAAAAGCUUAGCUCACAAGUGCUGUCAUGUAUAUUUUGAUAUUUUAUAACAGGUGCAGAAAUUUAAUUACCUUUUAAAAAAGAGAUUUUUGUAUCCUGAAAACAACCAACUCUGUGUAGUAUAAGCUAUUUUUACAAUUCGUCGCCUAAGUGCGAUCACGGAAUAAGUCCUAAAUUUAAUAGCAGUUAAUCAGUUAUCGGACUAAGGUGACGAAUUGCUUUUAAGAUACAAUUUCUAGUAUGUGUAAAAAUUUAAAAGUUCCGAGAAUUAUAAUUAAACCAAGUUUAUUUAAUUUUUUUCUCUCUUUCUUUUAAUUAUAUACUAUUUUUUUAAAGUCUGUAUUAAAAAUAAAAAAAGUUUAUUCAGAACAGUUCUGUAACUUAAUAAUACAUGACGUACCAAAAUUUUGUGUUGUGAUUUUAUGAUUUUUUUUUUUGUGUAAAUUUAAUAUUUUUUUCUCAGUGGUUGCUUUUUAUUUUAGAGAGGCACUUUUAUAGUUUAUUAGUAAUGAUUCAGACAUGACAUUGUGACUUUUUAUUGUUAUAUAUUUACAUAAUAUUUGUGGACAAUUUUUUUUUCAUGGUUGUGUUGAGAUUUUUGUGUGCAUGAGGAAAAAAAUUGUUGUUUUUUUGGCUUGUAAAAUAUUUGAGAAUAUGUUAACUAAAUUUUUUUUUCUUCCUUUUUAGAGAUCUCAAUUCUUUUGUGUUGUAAAUAAGAACUGCCAACUCUCCACUCAUGGUUUUCAUGAAUUUUGAGGGUUGACCGCAAAACUGUUGUAAGUCCUUCUAUAUUUCAUAUAAGUUACUGAAGUUUUGUGGUCAACCUAUCGAUUUUGUUAGAACUUUAAAUCAUUAAGAUUUUGAAAACCGUUAAACAAUAAAAAUCAUUAUAGUUAUAGAAUCAUUAAAGAUUCUUUGAUGCUUUUUGUUGUUGUUUUUUUUUGGCAUCAAUUAUAUAAUAAUUCUGUCAUUAGAAUUGUUAAAAGCUAUUUAUUGAUGGAAUAUUGUUUAGGUUUAUAAUUCAUAUGUUUCAGAAAUUCAAAUUUUGCUGAAUUUAAAUGAAUUGACACUGAAACUAAUGUACAUCACCUAAUUAAUAUGUUAACAAAUAUUUUGCUGGACCAAAUAAAACAAUUAUAUUUAAUCUCAGUCAUAUGUGACAUUAUUUUGAUUAUUAUUUACACAUUUUGACGAGAAAUUUUUAUCUCCGAGACUGUAUACAUUAUUUGAUGUGUGUGUAUUUUCUUUUAUUUUUUUUAAAUGAAAAAAGUAUUGUACAUGUAUAUUUUUUUUCAAUAGAACUGUAUUAUUUUAAAACCAAAUAGAAAAUAAAUCAAAUCUCUGUGUUGAUAAUCAUUAGGUAUUAACGAAAAUAAUAAGUUUUUGAUUAUCUGAUUGGUUGAAAAAAUUGUGGGCAGUCCAUUUUAGUUAAUUUGCAUAAAAGGUGGAUCUUACUGAGUAGAAGCUCCUCCUAUAUAAGGAAUGUAAUGUCAUAGUAGGCAGAGCUUAAGAAGUUAUUGAUCUAUGACUCCUCCCUUUAAUUAAGGGCACAAAGAGACAAUGUGCAUGCAUCUUCGAAUUAAUUGUUAUUAAAUAAAUUUAAUUUAUUGGGAUUAGUCCUGUAUUGCAAAACAUGAUUUAUUUUGAUAAUUAGAAACUUAUUAUUUCAAGACAUUAUAAACUAGGUCAUAGCUAGCUUCUAGCUUAAAAUAGCUUUGACAAUAAUUAGUAACGAAGGAUCUACCAUUGGAUUAAUCAGGUGAUUUGGGUUUAUUGACAAUGGCAAAAUAUUGUUUUUUUUUCACAAUUUGAAGAAAGACCUUUAGAAAAGAAUUUGUAUAUAUGAUUAUAUAUAGAUAUAGACUUAUGUACAUUCAGUCACAUACACACACACACCCCAGUCUCUUCUGUUUUUUGGUGCUAUGUAGUAUAUUUUUAUCUGUUGGACAAUUAAGUUUUAAUUUUAGUCUUUUUAUGUUUUAUAUAUAGGCUAGCCAGGGCUUUAUUUUCCUGUAUCAGUUCUUUCUAAAUUUAUUGAUUUUAUUUUUUUGCUUGAGAAUUAUUACAGAAUUUUUUUUCUUCUGGAAGACAUAAGAAGUGCUACCUCCUUCUGUAUGGACAUUCUUGAUAAACUUUACUAUUGUAAAGAUAAACUUUAAUAUUUUGGCUUUUACAUUUUGACUUUUGAAUAAAUUGCAUGUAGAUGUCUAUUGGAAGAAUUUCUAUUAUUUUGAUUUGGUUUUUCGCAUUAAUUUUUAAACACAUUUUGACAGUAUUUAAAAAAAAAAUUAUUUGGUACAUCAUCAUGUUGAUUAAUUCAAAACAUUGAUAUAUAUAUCUUGACUUGUUUAGUUCUUAAUUUAUUUCUGGUUUGUUUAAGCUGCAUAUAGAAGUUAAGAUCUGACGUAAACCUGAAUCUCGUUAACGAGGCAUUGAUCCAGCAUGCAUGCUUUAUUGUGUGCCAUAUUUAAUCAGAUCUGUUCUAUUUGUUCUCUUAUUUUGUCAGUGUUUUAUUGUUUCUCGCAAAAAUUAAAAGUGACAAGUUAUUGCAACAGGAGUGUCUUUCAUGAAACAGUUUAAACCAUUUUGAUUCUUAUAUAAUGACAAGAAAAAAAUGAAAAAUUUCUUAUCUAAGAAGAAAGAAAGUAGUUCUAAGCACUGUUCUUCAUGUAUAAAAUGAUUUUUUUCUUUCCACCUUGAAAUGUAGUUCCCUUCUGAAGGUUUUUGGUAUAUGAUACCCUUGCCUAGUCAAUUACUUGGAUAUGUUAAUGUGCCAUAAAUUAACAAUUGCCAUUGUUUAGUUGUUAUUUCUUUGUAGGAUUUUUAAAAACCUUUUUCUGUGGCCUAAAAUUUUCAUUUUCCUUUCUGCAGAGAGCUAUUUUUGAGCAUCUGAUAAAAGUCUUUUAACCAUCUUUUGAAGCUGUAUUGUAAGAAACAUAUUAUGUAUCUAAGUAAAACACUGGAUUUUUUAAAGAAAUAUACAUCUGGGAAUGGUAAUUAGUUUUUUUAUUUGUGAAUGAAAAUAACAUGAGACACCUUUUUCCAUAUAAGUGCUUCCUUGCUCUGAAUUUUUGUACAUUUGGGUAAAUUAUUAUAUUCUUCUUAAAUGUACGAAACCAGUCUCCAAAUUCAAGCUUGCCAUUGGUUAGUUUGAAAAUAAGUGCUCAGAAUCAGCCAAUCAGUAGGUAAAACCCUUAGACUGGUAUCCUAUGUAUGUAAAAUUUAUUUUUCCUUUAAAUUAUCAUGAUUUGCUAUAUAAAUUUUUAUUUGAAGUGAAUGUUAAGGAAUUUUAAAGUAAAACACUAUAGGAAAAGUUUAUGCUUGUAUUAUGAAAUAUGUAAAUACAAGAUGUUAAAUUUAGGUAAAAUUUAAAAGUGUUAAGAGAUGCACCUGUCAAAAAUGAGAUAAAAAAGAUCAUGAUUAGGAAUAUUUUUCAAAAAAAAAUAUAAAAUAUGUAAGUAUCAUAAAAUAUAGCUACCAUAGGAUGAUUAUUACAAAAAAAGAAUUUAUUGUAAAAUUUCACUUCUUAUUAAAUGUUUUUCUAAGUUGUUUGUUCACAACCUGCCUGUUAUUUGAGUGCUUUUUUUUCAAUUUAUCUAUUGUUCUUGCACAAGUUUAAUUCUUUUAAAACGAUAUUUUACCAGGAAAAAACCAGUUUCUUUCUAUGCAUAUCUAUUCAUGUGUAUUCUAAAAAGUAUUAGGUACGUGAUUUUUAUUCCGCUAUAUAUUUUUUUCUUGCAUGUUCAGCAUUGCUUUUUGUUGAUACUUUGUUCAGUAGAUUGAAUGUGUUAAUCAAUAUAUAUUGUGUUAAUUAUUUGGCUAUGUGAAAAAAUGACAAUAAUUAAAAGAUGUAAGGCAA